AUGAUGACAAGCAGUGGUUGUCGAAGUCGAAGUAAUAGUACUACUACUGGAGGAGGAGUAGGAAGUCCUGGUGGUGUCGGUGUUGUUGUUUGUGACACAGGAAACAACUACAACAACAACACCAAUAGUUCAUCAACAUUUACAAAUAAUAUGAAACAACACCAACAACAAACAAUGAAAAGACCAACAAGUUCAAUCAGUUUACUGGCUGAUCAGCUAAAGCUAUCCAGUUUAAACGAACAAGAUCCUUGCAGUACAACAAUGCGAAUGAUGUCGAUGAUGACUACAAAACCGGUUGGACAGUAUGACGUAUCUUGUGAUUGUCCAGAAACAAUUAAUGAAGUAAGAAUUGCUUAUUCAAUGCCUACACAUUCUCAUAUCGGUAUACAUUCAUCAAAACGAAACAAUAAUGAUAAUAAUCAUACUACGAUUGGUAAUUCAGAUUGGACAAGGAGUGCUGCUAGUGGUAGUGGCAGUACUUCAAAGGAUUAUAAUCAUCACCAUCAUUCACGUACUGUACACUUUCGGGAUAUAUUUACACCGAGUUCUAGUGUUUGUUCUUCUCUACAAUCGACAGUAUCAGAAUUUGACGAUGGAGGAAAUGAAAUGACUAAUCCUGAUCAUAAUUCCUGCUGUUUUCAUGUCUUGUCUGCAAGUGCUCCAACUACAAAUUAUUCAUUGAAUUCAAUGUCAAAUUUAUCAAAAUGCAAUGAAACAACUUCAUGUCAUUAUAAUGUUAUCACUAACAGUAAUAAUAAUAAUAGUGCUAGUACAACUACUACUAAUACUAUGAAUAAUAGUAUACCAUCAUCAAAUUGUACAUUCAAUCUCUUCUCUUCAUCAUUUCCUUGUUCAAAGGAUAAAAUUGAUAAUAUGAAUAUCAUUUCACCAAAUACACAUAUUGCCCAUAAUCAUCCUCACCAUCAUCAUCAUCAUCAACAUUCUUCAUGUACAGCGUCGAAAACAAUGUUUUCUUCGCUGUCAUCCUCAUCGAAUUGUUGUGGCUGUUGUUGUUAUUGUUCGUGUAGUAUUAGUAGUACUGGCGUCAGUGGAAGUAGUGGUAUCGGUGGCGGCAGCGGAAGCAAUAACAGCUUUACCUUUUGUCCAACUUCUUAUUAUUCUUGUUCAUGUUAUGUGUGUCGAAUAAAUAAUCAAUCACAGCAUCCAGGAGUAGGAGCAGCAGCAGCAGGAUCGUCAACUUUGGCCUCCUCAUCACAGUAUUGUCUGCCAGCAAAACGUGCUUGUCGAUCGACUAGUUCAAGUUCAGAUCUACCCUAUUAUACAUCUUCAUUAUUAUCGUCUUCUUCGUCUGUAUGCGGUUAUUACUCCUAUCAUCGGCAGUGUCAUUUACCUCAACGUCAUUGUCAUCAAUGCUGUCCAAAAUCAAUAAUUAACAAUAAUAAUAAUGCCACAAUGAUUCGAUCAAUGCAGUCAUAUAUUAAAAAUCUUCCACGUCCAAUCGCUGUACGAUUAGAUUCACAAACGAUGAUGGCGUAUAAUACAAAAUCAAAAAGUUGUACAAAUAUGGAUCAUGUGAAAUCAUUAAAUCCUAUUAAUAGUAAUAGUAAUAAUAAUAAUGAUGAUGAUGGUGAUAUUGAUAGCAAUAGUAGCACAUUACGUAAUAAUAACAGUAAUAAUAAUAAUGGUGUUAUUCUACGUCCUAAACCAUCUGAUUUUAUGUCUUUCAAUAAAACUGGCAAUGGAUCACGUCUUAGUUGGCAUCAUCCAUUGUUUAGUUUCAGCUCUGUUAGCUCUCAAGUCAAGUAUAAUAACACCAAUAGUAAUAAUAAUGCCAUCUCUAACCCCUCAACAGUACCAAAUGAUACUUCUUCUGGAGAUAGUCAACUAAUAAUGUCUGCAGACAAUUUACAACCACUUGUUCAAAAGUCAAUUCGUUUACGGAAUCACCAUACUACUCGUGCCAAUGAACAGCAACAGCAGCGUACAACAUCAGUUCGUCCUCCAAAUUAUAUUGAAAUUAAAGAAUUACAAGAUUCUUCAUUGUCAGCGCAUGCAUUACCUAGUCCGUCAUCAGCAUUCACUCCAACUCGUGCAUCAUUUGGUAGUUUUCCAAUCGAUGUCAAUUCAUCGAGUUUUUCGUUAUCCCCUGCUACUGGUGGAUCUAUCUCCUCAUCAGUACAAAUGACUGCUCGGACUCCUUCAUCUGGAUUUCAUGAAGCAUCAUUUUCGGGAUUAUCUGAAGCGUCUAGUUUACCAGAUUGUUCAAGGUUUGGUGUACCAUCAGAUUCUAUGCCACAUACAAGUUAUUGUCAUUGCCAAUGUCAUCAACAUCAACGACCCCAUCUCCAUCUUCAUCAUCACCCUCAUCAUCAUGCGCAUCAUGACCAUCAUCAUCGUCACCAUCACCACCACCAUCAUCAUCAUCAUAGUGGUAGAAAGAAUCACGGGAAAAUGUCAAUUGAUGAUGAUAAGAAAUUCUCAUCAAAUCUUUAUACUCAUUCAUCAAAUCAAUUAACUGAUUUAGAACCAUGUUUCAAAUUAGAAGAGAAUGAAUUCAAUAUGAAUAAUGAUAAUAAUAAAAAUAAUCAUGAAGAAUUACAUCAGACAAUGAGAAAUAUCAGUAGUAGUGGAAGUAAUAGUAGUCACAGUAGUAAUGAUAGUAAUAGUAGUAGUUGUUCUUUGCAAUCAAUGAAAUGUACCCUACGAUGUUGUUCUCAACCAAAUGAUAAUACAAUCUAUGAUAAUAUGAAUUGUAAACAUUUAAUUCACUGUUCCAAUAAUAGUAAUAAUAAUGACGGUCAUGUUAGUAAACAGAAUAAUUAUCGAUCACUAUGUACACCUUUAGCUUGUACAAGUCUAACUCCGACUACUGCAAAUACUACUAAUAAUAAUAAUAUCAGUAGUAAUAAUGGUAAUAACAAUAACAACACCAACCAGUCAACGCCUUCCAGUGCCAUGACAACAACCGGAUUGAAACGUAGACGUGGACCAAGCGGUGAAUGUACUGAAUGCUUUGAUGAAUUACAUGAUAAUAAUAAUUAUAAUAAUUCACAUGAAGAAGACAAAGAACAAAUCCACGAUGAUAUAUUCCCAUGUGGAUGUUACUAUUGGAAGAGAAGUACAGAUCAAGUGCACAACAAUAAUAAUGAUGAUCACUUACGUAAUAUAUCUUCAGCACUGUUGAAUACAACACUAAAUGACAACAAUAAUCAUCCUAGUAGUAAUUGUAGACUAUCUACAACAGUUUGUUGUUCUUGUCAUGAAUUACAACAUUCACUAUUUUCUUUUUCGGAACACUAUCCAACGACAUCAAUCUACUCGUCUACAUCUUCUUCAUAUUCAUCGAGACAUUUAUGUAUGCCUGAAACAUGUGUUCAUCAAGAUGAUCCAACACUUAUUGAAGCUGAUUUCAUCAAUAACACUGAUGGUCAUGGUGAUGGUAAUGCAGAUGAUGAACAGAAUACUUCAACGUUAAUUAAACGUUGUACACAUUCGAAUACAAUGCCUCCUAUAAAUGUUGAUUAUAAUGAUAGUAAUAGUAACAAUAAUAAUAAUACAGAAACGAUGCAUGAUUAUUGUCCUAUGGAGUUAAUCAAUCCAUGUCAUAUUGGAUCACAUGAAGAUACGAUCAAGUGUAAUCCGUGUAAUAUUGUUAAUUAUGGACAAGAAUGCGAAUAUUCAUCCGGUGUAUUCUUUGACGACAGCUUCCCUCAUAAUCAUCAUCAUCACCAACAUCAACAUGCUCAUCGUUACACAUGUAGUGAGUUGGGUAAACUUUCUGAAAUGAUUGAAGAUGAAAAAGAACAUGAAACACCUGAAACUAUGAUUGAUGAAGGUGGUAUUUGUGGUAGUAAUCAUGUAUCCGAGGUCAAUUGGCAUCAUCCUGAAAUCUCAUUGACCUCUCCUCCAUCAAUUCAUGAUAUAACAUUUACACCGAUUUGUCCACCUUCACCACCACCACCACAACAACAACUACUAUCAACAGGAAUUCCUGUACACAAUCGACAUCAUGAUGAAGAUGAUGUUACUGGUCGACAAGUUAUCCUUUUCACGCCUUCACCGAUUGAUGGUUCAAACUUCUCAGAUGGGGGAGAAUCUGAUGAUAUUGAGACUAUUCUUUCACCUCAGAUGCCCAAUAGACAACGUAUUUUUUCUGAUUUCCCAAUUAAUGAAUCAAAUAAUAGUAAUAAUAAUAAUGACAAUAAUAAUAAUAAUAAUAAUAUUAGUGGAAAUGAUAAUAAUAAUGAUAACAGUAGUAAACAGAUUUCAUCUUCUUUCAUUGAUCUUGACUUAGAAUUAAUUGAAAAUGACUAA